UAGGUGUAAAAUGAUGAUUUCAAUAUCGGUAAGCAAUGCAGCAUGUUGCGUGUAUCAUAAUUUCAGCGAUAUUGAACAAUACUAAACGUUACUUUGUCUAUCAAGUUUGUUAAUUUCUGAGUUGUGACGUAAAAGAGUGGAUACUAAUAUCUCAGGAUGAGGUUGUCCUUACUCCUUCUCAUUGCUCCUGCCGUCAUGUGUCGGUACCUGAUCAACAGGGAGUCCAGGGGCAUCCAAAUGAUCCGCGAUACGGAAAAAGACGAAAGGACAAUUGAAAAUGAUGACAACUCUUAUUAUGAAGAUUAUUAUGAAGAUUACGAAGGCUAUUACGAUGCAUCAACCACACAAGAUGGUGAAGACGAUAAUAAUAAGAGAGAUAUAAAUGCAAAUGAAGGCAACAACAAUGGAGACAACGAUGGAGACAACAACGAUGCGGAUGAAAACGAUGAAGGUAACAAUAAUGAAGACGACAAUACUCAAGGUGACAAUAAUGAAGAAGAUAACACACAAGAUGAUGAAGACGAUAAUAUGAAGAGAGAUAUGAAUGAAAAUGAAGGCAACAACAAUGGAGACAACAACGAUGCGGAUGAAAAUGAUGAAAGUAACAAUAAUGAAGACGACAAUACUCAAGAUGACAAUAAUGAAGAAGACAACACACAAAAUGGUGAAGACGAUAAUAUGAAGAGAGAUAUGAAUGAAAAUGAAGGCAACAACAAUGAGGACAACGAUGGAGACAACAACGAUGCAGAUGAAAAUGAUGAAAGUAACAGUAAUGAAGACGACAAUACUCAAGAUGACAAUAAUGAAGAAGACAACACACAAGAUAAUGAAGACGAUAAUAUGAAGAGGGACAUGAAUGAAAAUGAAGGCAACAACAAUGGAGACAACGAUGGAGACAACAACGAUGCGGAUGAAAACGAUGAAGGUAACAAUAAUGAAGACGACAAUACUCAAGGUGACAAUAAUGAAGAAGACAACACACAAAAUGAUGAAGACGAUAAUAUGAAGAGGGAUAUGAAUGAAAAUGAAGGCAACAACAAUGGAGACAACGAUGGAGACAACAACGAUGCGGAUGAAAAUGAUGAAAGUAACAAUAAUGAAGACGACAAUACUCAAGAUGACAAUAAUGAAGAAGACAACACACAAAAUGGUGAAGACGAUAAUAUGAAGAGAGAUAUGAAUGAAAAUGAAGGCAACAACAAUGAGGACAACGAUGGAGACAACAACGAUGCGGAUGAAAAUGAUGAAAGUAACAAUAAUGAAGACGACAAUACUCAAGAUGACAAUAAUGAAGAAGACAACACACAAGAUAAUGAAGACGAUAAUAUGAAGAGGGACAUGAAUGAAAAUGAAGGCAACAACAAUGGAGACAACGAUGGAGACAACAACGAUGCAGAUGAAAACGAUGAAGGUAACAAUAAUGAAGACGACAAUACUCAAGGUGACAAUAAUGAAGAAGACAACACACAAAAUGAUGAAGACGAUAAUAUGAAGAGGGAUAUGAAUGAAAAUGAAGGCAACAACAAUGGAGACAACGAUGGAGACAACAACGAUGCGGAUGAAAAUGAUGAAAGUAACAAUAAUGAAGACGACAAUACUCAAGAUGACAAUAAUGAAGAAGACAACACACAAAAUGGUGAAGACGAUAAUAUGAAGAGAGAUAUGAAUGAAAAUGAAGGCAACAACAAUGAGGACAACGAUGGAGACAACAACGAUGCAGAUGAAAAUGAUGAAAGUAACAAUAAUGAAGACGACAAUACUCAAGAUGACAAUAAUGAAGAAGACAACACACAAGAUAAUGAAGACGAUAAUAUGAAGAGGGACAUGAAUGAAAAUGAAGGCAACAACAAUGGAGACAACGAUGGAGACAACAACGAUGCGGAUGAAAACGAUGAAGGUAACAAUAAUGAAGACGACAAUACUCAAGGUGACAAUAAUGAAGAAGACAACACACAAAAUGAUGAAGACGAUAAUAUGAAGAGGGAUAUGAAUGAAAAUGAAGGCAACAACAAUGGAGACAACGAUGGAGACAACAACGAUGCGGAUGAAAAUGAUGAAAGUAACAAUAAUGAAGACGACAAUACUCAAGAUGACAAUAAUGAAGAAGACAACACACAAAAUGGUGAAGACGAUAAUAUGAAGAGAGAUAUGAAUGAAAAUGAAGGCAACAACAAUGAGGACAACGAUGGAGACAACAACGAUGCAGAUGAAAAUGAUGAAAGUAACAGUAAUGAAGACGACAAUACUCAAGAUGACAAUAAUGAAGAAGACAACACACAAGAUAAUGAAGACGAUAAUAUGAAGAGGGACAUGAAUGAAAAUGAAGGCAACAACAAUGGAGACAACGAUGGAGACAACAACGAUGCGGAUGAAAACGAUGAAGGUAACAAUAAUGAAGACGACAAUACUCAAGGUGACAAUAAUGAAGAAGACAACACACAAAAUGAUGAAGACGAUAAUAUGAAGAGGGAUAUGAAUGAAAAUGAAGGCAACAACAAUGGAGACAACGAUGGAGACAACAACGAUGCGGAUGAAAAUGAUGAAAGUAACAAUAAUGAAGACGACAAUACUCAAGAUGACAAUAAUGAAGAAGACAACACACAAAAUGGUGAAGACGAUAAUAUGAAGAGGGAUAUGAACAACAACAACAACAACAACAACAACAACAACGACAACAACAACGGCAACAACAACGGCAACGACAAUAACAACAUCAACAACCCAUCUACUAACACAAACAAUGACCAAGGAAGUCAAACAAAUAAUAACAAGAGAGAAAACAACAACAACAGCAACAACAACAAUAACAACAACAACAACAACAAUGCUAACAACAACAACAAUAACAACAAUGCUGACAACAACAAAAACAACAACAACAACAACAACAACAACAACAACAAUGCUAACAAUGUUAACAACAACAACAACAACAAUCCAACUACCGACACAAACAACGAUCAAGGAAGUCAAACAAAUAAUAAAAAGAGAGAAAACAUAAACAACAACAAUAACAACAAUAACAAUGCUAACAACAACAACAACAACAACAACAACGACAGCAACCCAACUACCGACACAAACAACGACCAAGGCAGUGAAAAAAACAACAACAAUAGAAAAAGAGUGCCACGAAAAAGGCUUUUUUUGUUUUAGUCAACAAAGAAAAAAUCGAUGCUAAUAAUAAUAACUUUUAACAAGUUUUCAAAACGAGUUGGAUAAAGUUCGCGCACUGACACCUGACUUUAAUAAUGUCAUGUUAUUACUUGUUCGCCUGUUAAACUUUUCAAUGAGAUAGGAAAAAUAUGUCUUUUGAUGGGAUUAUCAUUUUAUACAAAACAUAUUUAUAUUUUGUUAUGGAUAGAUCCCGGCAAAUGAUUUUUGAACUCUUUCGAGAUAAAUAUCGUUGUUACAUGUUAAUUACGUAGAAUUAAACGUUAAAUGUUAACAAAAGUGGUUGUGUUAUAAUCACUGAUGAUCAUUGAGUCAUUUUGUCAACAUGCUGUCACGAACAGCUAGUUCCAUGUCCGUAAUGCAAUCCACCGAACGUAUUAAAAAUUUUAAACAGAAGGAGGAUAUCCAACAUUACAACUACAAAUGUGCAUACUCCUUUUAUUUAUAAACUUUUAUGUAUAUAUCAACACUGUAACAAUACAAGUGAAUUCAUUAUACCUUAGAAAUAUGGGCCAAACAGAUUAAAUUCGCUCUCGGAACUGGCCUACUGGCCACUAAAAUCACCAACAAGAGAAGAGAUACACCAUAAACAAGAGAAUAUCCCGUAAAUGCAAGAAAAUAAGUCCAGAAAAGUAGAAAUAAAUAUAUGUAACUUUUAAACAAUAACUAUUAAAAACUCGGCUAAAACA